AUCGUGCAGGAACACUUGGAUGAUAACUUACCUGUUCUUCUUCACAAAUGUAUUAUUAUAUCUAGAGAACAAUACAUUCAGCUGUGUGCAGAAAACUUGUUUUACCUAGACAAUGGAGUCUUAUGGCUGGCGAUGAAAUUAACACCUGAAAUAAAGAAAAAAUGCAAAAAAUCAAAGGAAAUUCCUAAACAAAACAGCUUAUUAAAGUAUAAUCUUGGGUUUAUGACUACUGAAAUUCAUAAAAAGUUAUGGAAUAACGACAGCUCAAAUAAUCUUGAUAAUAUAAAGAUAGUUCCUGUUGUUGGAUCAAAAUUAGCAGAGGAUGAUAUUGCAUUAACAAUGGAAAACAACUUUUAUAACAUAAUGUCUUCCUAUGGCUUAAACAACUGUCAGGAUAUUACAGUUUCAUUUCACCCUGUACCAACUAUAGAGAAGUCACCUAAAAUUGCAGCAACAGCAGAAGUGAGCCUUAUUGUAAAUGAAUAUGACUUGUCAAAUGAUUUUGUUAAGGAAGUUUUGAAUAAUUACUUUGAGACCCCAAAAUUAGUGAAUGUAAAUGACGUCUUCAGUAUAGAUCUUACUCCAAAGGUGACUGCUAAGUAUCACUAUAAAUAUUUAGACUUAGUAGAUUCAGCUGGAAAGCUUUAUUUUAAAUGUACAAAGAUGACUAAUGAUGUCAAUUCAAUAAUAGCAAACGAAAACAGUGAAAAGAUUGUACAGCCAUUUUUUAUUGUAAAGUGUGUUACACAGUUGACUUUAGGAGAGAAUAUCCACACUCUAAAACCUAAGGAUGAGUAUUUUAAACCCCAAGACUUUGACAAGAAGAGUAUGUGUUUAUGCCAAUUAUGUCCUACUGGACUAAAAGAGAAGUUUGAUCAAAUCCAAGAAACCAUAAGUCCUUUCUUGACUGGAGAAAUAAACGAUUUGUCUUCAUCAAUGACCAGCCCAAUAACUCCAAUGCUGCUACUCACAGGUUCUACAGGCUCCGGACGACAUUUACUUGUCAAGACUUUGGCUAAAUACAAUGGAAUGAACUGCUUGCAAAUUGACUGCAAUGCCAUGCAGAGUUCCACAGCCAAGCAGACAGAAAGCAAGAUAAAUGCAACCAUACAGAAAGCAAAAGCUGCUGCUCCUGUUAUAGUACUUUUGAAUAAUUUCGAGGUGUUUGCGGUAGACCCAGAAAACAAUGAAGACUGCAGAUUAAUUGAAUACUUUCUGAACACAAUAACCGAUCUCUAUCAGAACUAUACGAAACACCAAAUCUUCUUCAUCGCAGUUACAGAAAGAACAGAUUUGAAACCAAAUAUACUAAGGAUAUUUCUUGAAAAAUUCCAUAUACCAAAAUUGAAUGUCCACCAAAGACAUCAAGUGCUGGAAUGGUUUGCCGAAGUCAUGCAACUGAAUAUCGAUGAAGAAGUAGACAAAAAUAAAUGUAGAGACGAAUUAAGUGAAAAUACGAAAGAAGUUUUACAAAGAGUAGCAGCGAAAACAGAAACAUUUUUAUAUGGAGAUUUAGAUACUUUGGUCCAUUUUGCGAUGCGUGAGUCUUAUUUGAAACAGCACAAUCGACUGCAGACAGAUCCUAAUUUGCAGUUGGUUAAGGAAGAAGAUUUUAAUUCUGCUUUAGAAUCUAUCAGAUCUCUACGAAGUCAACAUUUGGACGCUCCAAAGAUUCCUAAAGUGUACUGGGAAGACAUAGGAGGCUUGGACAAGUUGAAAAAGGAGUUACUAAAAACUAUUGAGUUCCCCAUCAAAUAUCCACAUCUGUUCAAGAAUUCCACUUUGAAGAGAUCAGGUAUUCUAAUGUAUGGCCCGCCGGGUUGCGGUAAGACGCUAGUGGCGAAGGCCGUCAGUACGGAGUUAAACGUCAGCUUCCUCAGCGUCAAAGGCCCAGAACUGCUUAAUAUGUACAUUGGUCAAUCAGAGGAAAAUGUUAGAAAAGUAUUCGAGUCAGCGCGGGCAUCUUCCCCGUGCAUAGUAUUUCUGGAUGAACUUGAUGCGCUGGCGCCACGGCGAGGUGCGGCGGGUGACUCGGGCGGCGCCAGCGACCGCGUUGUCAGCCAGCUCCUUGCCGAGUUAGACGGUGUUGCAAGCGGGGAAGAUGCGGAUACAACGUCAAUGGUAUUCAUAAUGGGCGCGACGAACCGACCCGACCUUCUGGAGCAGUCGUUACUGAGGCCAGGGAGGCUCGACAAAAUGAUUUACGUGGGGCCCUACUGUGGCUUGCGAGAGAAGACCAGUGUGCUGCAGGCGCUCUGUAGAAACUAUAAGUUACGUCCAGAGGUAGACUUGGAGAAAGUGGCAGCAGCGUUGCCGGACCGCUGCACGGGCGCUGACUUGUUGCAGAUCACGUCUACGGCUCGUUCAGCAUCGGUGCGUUCGCUAGUCGCUAAGUUGCAUGCAGGUACGGUAAAAGAAAGUGAGCUCAGUCCCGAUUCUAUUAUACUGGGCGUAUCAGAGCUCUACCAGGCAGUGGAGGCUUUCCGGCCUUCUGUCACAGAUGAAGAGCUUGCGUAUUAUGAAACUUUGCAGUCCCAGAUGUAGAACAAUCUUCAAUGUAACAUUAUAUAUAAGGCCCACGUGUAAUCCAUAUGUAAUAUGGCUAACGCUACCAUGUGGAAAAAUUAAUUAUUCUAUAGUUACUAGCAACUAUUGUAAAGACACUAGCAACAUAGUCAUUUCACAGGUAACUUGAUAUAUCUGCAAUUUGAAAUUUACAACUUUAAAUGUCUUAUUAACAUGUAUGCAGAUAUGUAAAUAGUAGUAAACG